AUGUCUAAGGGUCCAGCAGUAGGCAUCGAUCUGGGCACCACCUACUCAUGCGUAGGUGUUUUCCAGCAUGGAAAAGUGGAGAUUAUUGCCAAUGACCAAGGAAACCGUACCACCCCAAGCUAUGUGGCCUUCACAGACACAGAGAGACUUAUUGGGGAUGCCGCAAAGAACCAAGUAGCCAUGAACCCAACUAAUACCGUCUUUGAUGCCAAGCGGUUGAUUGGCCGACGUUUCGAUGACCCAGUUGUCCAGUCUGAUAUGAAGCACUGGCCUUUUACUGUAAUAAAUGAUGGUGGUAGACCCAAGGUUCAGGUAGACUAUAAAGGAGAGACAAAGACAUUCUAUGCUGAAGAAGUCUCAUCUAUGGUUCUUACCAAAAUGAAAGAGAUCUCUGAGGCCUACCUAGGAAAAACAAUCACUAAUGCAGUGAUCACUGUUCCGGCUUACUUCAAUGAUUCCCAGAGACAGGCAACUAAAGAUGCUGGAACCAUUUCUGGUCUCAAUGUCCUCCGUAUCAUCAAUGAGCCAACUGCAGCUGCCAUAGCUUAUGGUCUGGACAAGAAGGUGGGUGGUGAGAGAAAUGUCUUGAUUUUUGACCUUGGUGGUGGUACUUUUGAUGUCUCCAUUCUUACCAUAGAAGAUGGUAUAUUUGAGGUCAAAUCCACUGCUGGAGACACUCAUUUGGGUGGAGAGGACUUUGAUAAUCGUAUGGUAAACCACUUCGUUGGAGAGUUCAAACGCAAGCACAAGAAAGAUAUAACUGAGAACAAGCGUGCCAUUCGUAGGCUACGUACAGCCUGUGAGCGCGCCAAGCGUACCCUGUCUUCCAGCACUCAAGCCAGUAUUGAGAUUGACUCCCUCUUUGAGGGCAUAGAUUUUUACACUUCCCUCACCAGAGCCCGCUUUGAGGAACUUAAUGCAGACCUCUUCCGUGGGACUCUGGAGCCAGUAGAGAAGGCUCUGAGAGAUGCCAAGCUGGACAAGGCUCAGAUUCAUGACAUUGUACUAGUUGGAGGGUCCACUCGCAUUCCAAAGAUCCAAAAGCUUCUGCAGGACUUCUUCAAUGGAAGAGAACUCAACAAAAGUAUUAACCCAGAUGAGGCUGUAGCCUAUGGAGCAGCUGUUCAAGCUGCAAUCCUGUCCGGUGACAAAUCGGAAAAUGUUCAGGAUCUUCUGCUGUUGGAUGUCACCCCUCUCUCUCUUGGUAUAGAGACAGCUGGAGGAGUCAUGACUGUGCUAAUUAAACGUAAUACCACCAUACCCACCAAGCAGACCCAGACCUUCACCACCUACUCUGACAACCAGCCAGGAGUCCUUAUUCAGGUAUUUGAAGGUGAAAGAGCGAUGACCAAGGACAACAAUCUUCUGGGAAAAUUUGAGCUAACCGGUAUCCCACCUGCUCCACGUGGGGUUCCCCAAAUUGAAGUGACCUUUGACAUUGAUGCCAAUGGAAUUAUGAAUGUGUCUGCUGUAGACAAAAGCACCGGCAAGGAAAAUAAGAUCACCAUUACCAAUGACAAAGGCCGUCUCAGCAAGGAGGAGAUUGAGCGUAUGGUCACAGAAGCAGAUAGGUACAAGGCUGAAGAUGAAGCCCAGAGGGAUAAGAUUGCAGCCAAGAAUUCUCUGGAGUCCUUGGCUUUCAAUAUGAAGAGCACUGUGGAGGAUGAGAAGCUGAAGGACAAGAUUAGCUCAGACGAUAAACAGAAAAUAUUGGACAAAUGUAAUGAGGUCAUCUCCUGGUUAGACAGGAACCAGAUGGCCGAGAAGGAGGAGUAUGAACAUCAGCAGAAGGAGCUCCAAAACCUCUGCAAUCCCAUCAUCACCAAGCUGUACCAAGGUGCUGGCGGAGCUGGUAUGCCUGGUGGGAUGCCUGGUGGGAUGCCUGGUGGAAUGCCUGGAGGAUUUCCUGGAGCUGGUGGCACUGCAGCUGGUGGUUCUUCUGGACCCACCAUUGAAGAAGUGGAUUAA